AAUCAUUGACAUUUACUUUUCAAGGUCGCAGCUGUGCGCAUGUUUUUUGCAACGUUAAAAUCUAAUUAACUUACCUACCUGUUUCAGUGCCACAAUCUUAUGUUCAGUUGUGCAUUACGGUAUUUGUCUAGUUACAUAAAUAAAAUGGUGCCAGAAGUAGUAUUCGUGCUCGGAGCCCCGGGCGCCGGUAAGGGAACGCAGUGCUCACUAAUUUCCAAGGAAUAUGGGUUUGUUCACCUAUCUGCUGGCGAUUUGCUGCGUGAGGAGCGCCAGAGACCAGGCUCAGAGUACGGGGAGAUGAUUGAACAGAAAAUUCGAAACGGCGAAAUUGUGCCGGUUGAGGUUACUUGCUCGCUUCUUCACAAGGCGAUGCAGAAGUCUGGUCAAAAAAGAUUCCUGAUUGAUGGAUUCCCUCGAAACAAGGACAACUUAGAGGGCUGGACGCGGGUAAUGUCAGAUAAGACGACAUUACUGUUUGUCCUUUUCUUUGAGUGUUCAAGGGAUUUGUGUACAGAGCGUUGCUUGGGGCGUGGCGCCGCGGGCAGCGGCCGCUCCGACGACAACCUGGACAGUCUUCAAAAAAGAUUCAACACAUACCUGAAUGACACAAUGCCUAUAGUGGAGCACUACGAACAGCAAGGGCUUGUGCGCAAAAUAAAUGCAGAGGUAGCUCCGGAAAAGGUGUUUGAAGAUGUGAAGAAAGCAUUUGAUGCAUGUGGGUUGAAUCAGUUAACUAAUUAAGGCUUCAAUUAGAUAAUUCGUAGCAUAAUAUUGUGAUACAUCUCAUGCUAGCGACAUUUUCCACAUCAAUAGAUCUAUCCUUGAUUAAAGGUCAUAUGUACUACUGUUGUGUGAAGUUGAACUGAUAAUGAGUGGAUGUUGUGAAACUUACUGCUGAAGACAUGCUUACUAGACAUGUUAGUACUUAAUUAAUUAUUAUUAAGAAAAUUUUUGUUAUUAUAAAUUUUGCAAUAAUAUAUUCUACUAAAGUAUACUAGAAUCAUAGCUAUUUCAAUAAGUAUAUAGUGACAAAUUUGCCCCUUUAGCCCCUACAAUGUCACAAAAUAGUACCUAAUCUGUGUGUCAUUGUGAUAAAGUGCAAAAUAUUUAUUUGUAACUAUGUAAAACAAACUGGCACUGAAUAUAUAAAAAGUGAUGGACUCUUCGCCAGCUAUGCGAUUGCAUUUUGAUGGUUAACCAUGGUUAAUGCAUGAGUUUAACUAAUAAUCAACAUCUUGGUGGACAAUAUACCCUCAAAGCGAUAAGCAUGUUUUCAGUGAGUAAGAUGUAAUAAUUUAAUUACAAAAAUUAGUAUGAAUGGAGGUUGUGUUGGUAAUCCAUCCAUAGUAACUCAAUUUUACAUGUACCUUAAUAUCAUUAUGUAGUCCGUUAGUUUAGUUUGUAAUGCUGACUUGUUAGCUUCAAUUUGUAAAUUUUUGAUUCAUUGAGAAUUGUCUUAAUAACAGAGAUGGAUUGCAAGACUUAUUGACCCAUAUCAUACCAAAUAUGGUGUAUUGGAUGACUGGUUGGCGGCAGAAGAGAGAAAAUGAUAUCUGUGGCUUUAAAAUGAGAAAAAAAAUACAAAGAUUAGACUGUAAACUGAAAUAGUGUGAGACACUUAUGUUGUUUAUUAUAUUUUUAUUUAUUUAGUAACUGUAUUUAUUUAUUUUAGCCUACAUAAAAAUUGACAAAAUAAACACAAUUCUGGCCCAUAGGUACACAUAAAAUAAAGACUAACAUUUGGUUACCGAUGUCAUAUAAUUUAGUGUAUUUUUUUUUGUAAAAUUAAUUUUGUGUUCAAUAAGAACUAGUUUUCAUGUGAAAAAUUAUAUUGAUAUGUAUUCUUGGUUUUAAGUUAUCUUCUGAAGUUUACCAUAAAGCAUAAUUCUCAUUACGAUACUUUCUAGUGGCACGACAAUAAUCUGUGAACAUCUGUGGUGAAAAUUAUUUUUUUCUUGAAAUUCUUGCAUGCAUUGUGCAACUUGAAGUUUACAUGUGAAACUCUUGAAGAAAUUUAAUAUCUUGGUACUUUCUUUGAUCAAUAGAUAUGUGAAGAGUUUUGACGAAAUUAAUGUAGUGUACUAUUUUCCUGCCACUAAUCUUAUCGUAAAGAAAGUUUAAGUUGUACUAUGUAUGAUGUAAUAUUGGGAGUAGCAUAAUGAACACAACUUUAUUUUUUUCGAUGAAUAUUGCAGUGCAUUUUUGGUUUAAUAUGAAAUGAGUCCGGACCCGUGCUUCACCAAAGUUCUCCAUCUGGGUGAAGCACAGGGACUUCUAAGGUCCCGUGCUCCAACUGAUGACGUUAUUGUCCCUUACCUUAGUCCAGUCAAGUAAAUAAAAAAAUACAUAAUUUAACAAAUAAUUAAUCAAUACGAUUUAUUUUAACGCAUUUUUUCCAAAAAAUGGCCUAAGGAAAUUUCGUUAUGAAUUAAUUGCAUUUGCGAAUGUAAUGUUGCUUACAAAAACAUUGCAAUUUUGCAUGACUGGAGCUAAGUAUCUGUGAAUGGAUUUUGUCUAUUCGAAAUCAAAACCUAAUAACUCAUUUUUAUCGUUAUUUUUUUUUCUAAUUUCUAGGUACAUAUAAAAAAAUCUAUUCAAAACAUAAUUGAGUGAUACAAGGUUUUGAUUUUGAACAGCCAAUUCACUUAAUAAUACGAAUCUAUAUCUGUGUUGUUUUGUUGCAGCUAAAUGAUUAUCAUCACUUAUCUUCACUUUACUGAUAACCAAUACUGGUAUAUUACGACUUCAAUGAUGAAGUGUCCAAGAUAAGUGAUUGGAUUUUAACCAACGCACGGGCGUAAAUAAUCCAACAUUUCUAUCGCUUUAGACACAAAUGUCUUUCGAAAUUCAAUCUUCAAUAAAAUACUGUAAAAAUAUUCGCGGUACACAUGUAUUGGCCUCAACUUUGCUCGAGGAAAACCAUAAUAUAUAAUUAUACACCGAAACGUUAGGAAUCACACUAUUGGUGAAAACUACAAAAAUUCGUCCAGUGUAGUUUUUGAGUUUGUCGCUGCAUACAGACAGGCGGCCGCGACAGGGGGAUUUAUUUUUAUAUGUAAUGAUGUUCUAUAAUUACACAUUGUGAGUAGUACAGUUCCCGCAGGAAACUCACCUGAGCGAAUUUAAAAGCUAGAUUAUAAGGAAAAAUCUCUCUGGAAACCUUUGAAAAAAGUAGAUAUAUUCUUCAUUUUGGAAUCAAAUUGAACCAAAUGAGAGUUAAAAGGUUGUAAAUUAUUUUGUUUGGCGUAAACGUUCAUUUGAUCUGUUAUAACUUGUCAGCUUUGUAAGUCAUGUUAGGAACUACUUAUGCAAUGAAAAAUUUGUGAUUUUAGCUAAUUUUCUUUGCAAACCAUCACUACCUAUUAUUAUUCUUGGCGCCAUAAUACCCACCAUAGCAUUAUGUUUACAUUCCUUCACUGGUUUAUUUAUUAGUAUUAGAUAAUUGUGGUGUAAUGUAAUUAGCUAAAGUAAGUAAAUAAUAAUAUCCACGAUCACAGAAAUGCAUAAAUCAUAAUACUAAAUCUAUUUACGUAGACGAUUAGUUAUGAAGAUAUUUGCCCUAUAUUAUCAUACAACUGCAAUGUUUGUGUAAUUUUCAUAAUACUAAUGUGGUAUUGGCCCUGUUUACAGGUGGAUGCUUCAUAUUUGUUGAGGUCUUAGUGUGGGUUUGCAAUGCAACUCACAUCGCACUAUAGAGUCAUGUCGUCUUGAUUGGUUAAUCACAUUGCGGUGUGGUUGUCGUGGCGUCACAAUUCCGCACUGUGAUUGGUUAGCUGCGUCUCACUGCGAAUCGAUAGUGAGAUGUGAUUUGCAAAACAACUUAUUAUUGUUAUUUUGUAGACUGUGUUCAUCUACUAUAGGAUAUGAACUUCCACCUAAAUAUAUAGAGUAGUGACUAUUUAGUUGCGAUCCAUUGUUAUAAUGUACCACCAAUCACAAUGUACAAUUUAUUUAAUUGCAAUAAAAUAUUGCCAAAA